AGGGGGCUGGGAUCAAUGGGGCAGGGGGCUGGGAGCAAUGGGGCCAGGGGCUGGGAGCAGUGGGUCUGGGAUCAAUGGGGCAGGGGGGGCUGGGAGCAAUGGGGCCAGGGGCUGGGAGCAGUGGAGCUGGAAGCAGUGGGGCAGGGGGCUGGGAGCAAUGGGGCAGGGGUCUCUGACCCGGCGCUCAUUUCUCCCCCCAUCACCCCCAGGCUGCGGCGAGAGGAUCGAGAACACCAUGGAGGCUUUUACUCACGCCGUGGCCCAGGGGACCCAGCUGCUGGAGCUCGACUGUCAGCGCACGCGGGACGGGGUCGUGGUUGUGUCCCACGACCAGAACCUGCAGCGCCAGGCGGGCCGGGACCAGAACAUCCGGGAGCUGGACUAUGCGGUGCCUUCUCCCACGGCUCCGACCGCCGCAUCCCGCGCCUGGAAGAGAUUUUCCAGAAAUUCCCCAACGUUCCCGUCAACGUGGAGAUCAAACAGGACGACGAGGAGCUGAUCCAGCAGGUGGCGGAUCUCGUCCGGCGCUACCGGCGCUCCCACAUCACCGUCUGGGCCUCCUUCCAGAGCAAAAUCCUCGAGAAGUGCAGGGCUGCCAACCCCGACAUGCCCUACAGCUUCUCCGUGCAGCGCGGCCUCCUCCUGCUGCUUCUCUACUACACCGGCCUGCUGCCCUUCGUCCCGCUGCGCGAGUCCUUCCUCCACUUCCCGCUGCCCUCCAUCAUCAACAGGACCUAUUUCCCGGUGCCUAAAGGCUGCAUGGGAAACCUUCUGGCAAAAUUCAUCCACAUGGUCACCAUGAGGAAGAAACUCUUCAAACAUCUGGAGGACAGAGGAAUUCAGGUGCUCCUGUGGGUGCUGAACGAGGAGAAGGAUUUCGAGGAGGCUUUUAGCUACGGGGUCUCGGGGGUCAUGUCCGAUUACCCCACCCUGCUGCGCCACUACCUGGACACCCACCCACCCCCUGGCCAGGACAAGACGAACGAAUCCGACCGGCAGCCGCGGCUGGAGUCCGCGCCCCGUAGCCCAGGGGGAGGAUGCCCGGUCCGGGCUAUGGUACCCAGGUGGCAGGACCCAGGCUGGAGUGAACCCAGUGCUGGGAGCACUCCUGUUAGGAAGCUCGCAGCGCUGGGGGGCAGGGCCUGGUGGGGGCACUGCUGUGAGGAAACUCGCAGCGCUGGGGGCAGGGCCUGGCAGGGGCACUGCUGUGAGGAAGCUCGCAGCGUGGGUCCCGGCUGUGUGUUUUGCUUUGCAGUUGCUGCUCUGCCCCACAGGCCGAACCGCAUCUCUCGGUGGCCAGGCCAGUCCUGGGCGGUGCCGGCGGCCGCCAUGGUCCGGCUCUCCAAGCCCAAGACAUUCCAGGCCUACCUGGACAACUGUCACCGCAGAUACAGCUGUGUGCACUGCCGGGCACAUCUGGCCAACCACGAUGACCUCAUCUCCAAGUCUUUCCAAGGGAGUCAGGGGCGAGCUUAUCUCUUCAACUCAGUGGUGAAUGUGGGGUGUGGGCCGGCUGAGGAGCGGGUGCUGCUGACAGGGCUCCACGCAGUAUCCGACAUCCACUGUGAGAGCUGCAAGACCACGCUGGGCUGGAAAUAUGAACAAGCCUUCGAGAGCAGCCAGAAGUACAAGGAGGGGAAAUACAUCAUCGAGCUGAGCCACAUGAUCAAGGACAACGGCUGGGACUGACCCUGCCACACAAACCCCACUGCAGCGAGGGGCGGGGCUUGCACCAUCGUUCCCAUGGAAACCAGCAGCAAGGCGGGGCCUUGCAGGAUCAGUUCUAUGGCCUGAGGAGGGGGCUCCCUGACACCAUUUCCAUAGAGACCCAUCCCAAACCUGGUCCCCCUCCAGGAGGGGUGGGGCUUCACCUCAAGGUUGCUAUGGAGACCACCCCACCCAGGACCACUCCACUGCCAUGAAGAGGCGGGACCUUGCUGCACCAUUUCCAUAGAGAUGAGCAGCGCCUCCUAACUUUGCAUGGGGACAUUACUGAACAUUAAUUAAUGUGUGUUCUGGCGGGGGAGGGACAGGUAAUGCCCACCUUUGGGGAGGGAGGGGUGGUGCUGCACUGUGCUGUGAUUGGCUGGGGGGUACUGCCCCAGGGGGGCAGGAGAGGGGAGGGGGGACCCCCAGGAGAUGCCGUGUUGUGUGCCCAGGGGGCUGUGUACAAAGGGGGGGGGGGCUGUACAGUAUUGAGUGUGACUCCGUGGUGUGUAAAUAAAACAGCUUCAACUGUGA